AGCCACAGACAGGUUGGCUCUUGAGUGGUGCAGAGAGCCUCACCUUCAGUGCUCCUGAGCCAGGGUCGGGGCUGCCCCCUGCAGCACCCUGAGAAUGCUGAGGGAGGAGGCACCACACUCGGCCCUCACCCUGAGGACACCUUCUUCAGGCUGCUCUGCUCUGCUCUGAGCUCGUCCCCAACACAUGAGGACUGCACUCACUUGCCCACUCUGCCCAGUGGUGGCCUGUCCUGUCCCCAACUCUUGUGCUCUGACAAACUACUGUUAUGCACGAGGUGUGACUGAGUCUCAUAGAGAACCAGGGAAGGCAGGUGGAGCUGGGCACACGCACAAAAUGAGUGACACGAAAUUCUGACAUUUAGUCAGUAGAACACACAAAAGCAGCAGCUUGAUCCGAAAUGCCCAGGGCUCCCCAGAGGUGGUGCCCCACCACAUGGGGCAGCAGUUGGACCAACAGCAAAGGGCAGGGGAAGGCUGGGGCCUUGGGGCCUAGGGUGAGGAAGACCCUGUUCCACGGUGCUCAGGACUGAGGCAGGACUGCAACUUGCGGCCUGGGAGCAGAACACCUGACCCUCAGAGGACUUGGCAGAGCACCGCUUGCAAUGUGUGCAGCAUAAAGCUGGCUUCGGGAACUCACCAGGAAUGGAAUGAGUGCCUGAGGAAAUUUACUGAAAUACACGCUGUGAGAAAUGGCCAGGAGUCAAGAGGGGAGUGCCAAAGGGACCUGAGGGCAAGCUUUUCAGUGGCUGCAGGCCGUGGGCUUUGUGGCAUUCAGCAAGAGUGGAUGAGAGGUCAUUUCUGGUGUAGGGUUGACAGCCCUGUGACAUGAUGGGCAUGGGACAAACAGUCACUUGUGAUGAGGCUGCACUUUGGCCCCUGGAUGAAUGUCCUAAAAUAGUCGUUGAGGCCCGCUUUACAGAGUGGAGGAUUUCCACAGGUGUGUCUCCACGACUUCCUACUCACGAGUGUGAACGUAUCUAAAGGAAGGUGCAUGGCUGGGUACACAGAUGCCAGUGUGCCCACUGCGUCAUGCUGAUUGAUGAUCGCUGGGUGGUGGGAUCCUGGGUGAUUUUGUUAUGCGGUGAUUUUCCUUUCUGCUUCCUGUUUCUGAGACAAACCCAGUUGCCAUGGAGAUCGUGCUGUUGUCAAGGCAGCUGAUUGGCUGACACCCGGAUGCAGGAUGCUUCCCUAGGUCCGAGUGGGUCAGCCUGCAUUGCGCAUCCUGGCAGCAGCAUGGACAGGCCUGGGACAGACGUGUGGGGGAGCACCUUUGCCCAGCUCAUGGCUGAGAAGAAGCCCCAGGACCUCUGGGUCCUGCACCCCCAGGAGAACCUGGCCUCUGGGCACCUGGACAGCGGUAGUCUCCAGUACUGGCUGAAGGGGCUUUCAAGGCUCCAGUGCAACCGCUGUCCCUGGUUCUGGGGCUCUGCCCAUGUGCGAAUUCUCUUCCGCCUAUGGUGGGACAGGGACCACCGCCGAGGGCAUGUGAGGAUGCGCCUGUGGGGCCCGAAGUGCAGGCUGUGCCCACCGGAGGCCCCUGGGGAAUGCCACGUGAGCCCUUCCCACAUCCGGCCUCUCCUCCGAGAGCUGGUUGUGCACGUCCUGCAGACCUGCUAUGGGGACAGCCCUGGACAGGGCUCCAACAGCCGUGCUGGGGAUGGCUGCGAGGCCUGCGAUCUGGGUGUCUGCUUCCUCCAGACGGAGCCUGAGCCUGCUGCGGGGCUCCUGGCCGUGAGCAUGGAAGCCUGGGGAGGCAGGGGCUCUGGCCAGGGUGGUGAGGCUCCCACAUCUGGCCAGGGCCAGCUGCUCCACCCUGGCAGAGGCCCCCUGGCCAAACGUGCCGGGGGCCACAAAGCCGUCACCAUCCCCAUCUUAGUGAUCGACUUCAUGGAGGAUCCCUUCCCUGAGGACAGCGACUUCUUUGACCAGGGUGACCCCAUGGUCACCAUUCCUUUCUCCCUCGUGGACACCUCAAAUGGCCACAGUCUUGUAGUGCUGGAGGAGGUCAUUGGCCAGGGCUCCAUCUGCCUGGUGGGAGGCUCUGGGGCUGUGCCUGAGGGGCAGGGCAUCCCAGUGUACUUUAAGGCUCCCGUCUUCCCUGGCCAGGGCAGCAUCUUGGAGACCUUUGAGCUCCCGGGCUUCCUCUUUGGAGGCCAGGACUCCCCACCCAGCCCUGUUGGCACGGCUAAGGGCCAGGGCCCCAUUUCCUUCAGUGUCGGCUGCCUGGCUCCUGGGAAUUCCUUUCCCUCUGUGUCCUACGUCAUUGGCCUGCUGGCCAAUGGGGAGGGCUGCAUCACUCUCCCCUUAUCUCUAACCAGCAUCUUCAGGGGCCAGAACACCCUCACUUACAUCCCUGAGGGCAGCGGGAGGGGAGAUGGAGGCCAGAGCCAGGCCACUGAUGGUCACAGUUCCCCUCUGGAGACCCGAGCAGAGCCCGGAGCUGACAGCAAGGAGGGAUCUGUCACCUUCCCCUUCGCCUUUACUGACCACGCCCAAGGCAAGGACUCCUUCAGUGACAUCGCCAGAGGCGGAGAGAAGGGAGCUAGCGCAGAGGGCCUGGUGUCCAGCGUCGUCAGCCGGGGCUCCAUCACCAUCCCAUCCUCAGUCCUCAGGAUAGCAGGGAGCAUGGGCCCUGGUGACCCCCAGCGCUGUGGCUUUGUCACCUUCCACCACCAUAAGAGGAGGUGGCCGAGGUCUGGGUUCGGCAAGUCCAUCAGGGAGGAAGGUGCCGGCCACCGCAGGGCCCGCCGCAGGCCCCGUCCUGAGCGCCACCAGGACUUCUGGGUCUGGGUGUCCGUGACCAUCUGUGCGCUGUGGCUGCUCUGCAUGUACAAGCUGAACCUCGCUGGCCUGUAGGGGCCCAACACCCCCUCUGGCAGCCCUGCCAUGCCCUCUGCAGGCUCACCCUGGCUAAAUGUCCCCGGCCCACACCCAGCUUCUGGCGCCCUCUUCCCUGUUUUGUGUCCUUGGUCCCUUUCUUUACAUGAGUGAUGGUUUUGUGGACGUCCACUGUGAGUGUCUUGUGAACUGUAAACAUGUAUUAAGCUCAAUAAAACAAAACCAAGCUCUGCAGCUGGGGCCAGCCUUGCCUUUCCACCCAGGAGGGGUCAGUGUCCUUGCUAUGCGGACACAGGGCUUUGGGGCAGGCCCCUUGCUGGGCU